AAGAUCCCACAACCCACCAGAUUCAGUGCCAGUCACAACCUCACCAUCAUAACAAAUCAUCAUUUAACACCACCACUCACUUACUCACUCCCCUAUCACCCCCCGACUCACCCCCACCCUUCUCGGGUGUCGGCAGGAGGAUCGGCACCAAGCAAACCGAUCCAAACAUCGUCAAGCACUCAAAUUCACUCUCAGCGAUCCACCCCGCUCCAAACAACUCCUCAAUCAAUCACCAGGCAGUUCAUUCGAUCAUGACCCCGAAGUCGUCCCCUUCGCGGACGAUCCCCACUGCUUGCGUCAUGCUGAAUUCGGUUAUGAUCCCAACGAACACGACUUCAUGUGGGUCAGUCGGUUCUCCCCAUCCACCAACCCCCAAAAGCAGGAAAUCUCCGCCGAGGAUGCCGGCUAUUUCACCUAUCUGACCACCUAUUGGUCUUACCUCUUGGUCUUCUUGAUUGGACACGUUCGUGAUGCGUUUGGAAAAACAUUCUCAGGCCAAUCUCACGCUCAUUUAAAACUGCACAACGGAUAUGCUGCUUUGAAUUCGGACUUUGAUUCAUUCUUUACGAGGCGAGUCAAGUCUAGACUGGAUGACUGUUUCGGAAGGCCAGUGAGCGGGACGCCUGCGCGGACGAUCACCCUACUAGAUCGGACCUCCUCCGACAAUUGUGUCUCGUUCAAGUAUACCCAAACUACCACCCAAGCCCUCAACAUCUCAUCCUACAACUAUCUCGGCUUUGCCCAAUCUCAAGGGUCCUGUUCCGAUGCAGUCCAGGCGACCAUCUCCGAGCUUGGGGUGAGCUCAUCAGGAUCGAGGGACGACGUCGGAUCGAGUCCAUUGCUCAUCGAGACCGAGAAACUGUUGGCCCAAUUCGUCGGAGCUGAGGAUGCCAUGUUGGUCUCCCAAGGCUUUGCCACCAAUUCGACCACCCUGCCCGCGCUCGUCGGCAAGGGCGCCCUCGUGAUCUCCGACGAAUACAACCACAACUCGAUCAGAUUCGGAACCCGUCUCAGUGGUGCUAUGGUCAGAACUUACAAACAUAACGACAUGCGCGAUCUCGAGCGGCUCUUGAGAGAAGCUAUCAGUCAAGGCCAGCCGCGUCGACUCAGGGCUUGGUCUAAAAUCCUAGUCGUCGUCGAAGGCAUCUAUAGCAUGGAAGGCUCCAUCGUCGAUCUGCCCAACAUUCUGCGCUUGAAAGACAAAUACAAGUUUUACCUUUAUCUGGAUGAAGCUCAUUCAAUCGGUGCUCUUGGACCUAACGGACGUGGGACGUGUGAUUACUACGGAAUAGAUCCCUCGCGUGUAGACUUGUUGAUGGGCACCCUUACCAAAUCAUUUGGAGCAAGUGGGGGCUACAUAGCGGGAAGCAAAGCGGUAAUCGCGCACAUGCGGAAGACGUGUCAUUCCUCGAUCUACGCCGAAUCGGUCUCCCCACCAGUGAUCUCCCAGAUCCUGAGCGCCGUCAAGUCGAUCAUGGUCCCAGAAUCCCCUGCCUUGCCGGGUCUCUCCUUGGAUAAGCGCGCUCCGAUGCCCGAAGGUAAAAGGAGACUGAGACGGCUCGCGUUCAAUGCCAGAUACUUGCGCGCUGGGUUGAGGAAAUUGGGGUUCAUCGUCAUCGGCGAUCAUGAUUCUCCUGUAGUCCCUCUACUUGUUUAUCAACCUGGAAAGAUGCUUUUAUUCUCGAGACUGAUGUUACAGAGAUACUCGAUCGUGGUGGUGAUUGUCGGAUAUCCGGCGACCCCGUUAGUUUCGGGCCGGGUGAGGUUCUGUGUCUCAGCGGCCCACACCAAGCAAGACAUCGACCAGAUCUUGAUUGCCACCGACGAGAUCGGCGAGGCCUUGGGCAUGAAACUCAAUCGCAAAAUCGCUGUCGCCCAGGGAUGGACGGUCGAGAAAGUGAUCCGGAAUGCGAAGGAUUUGGUCUUGCUGUCCCAUUGAUUCUCUUGCCUCUGGGCUUCAGCUGAAUCAAUCAGUCUUCUUCUUUUCUAAUUCACUCCUUCCCUUGCAUUCAUUUCACUUUGUUUUCUCGCAGAACUCAAUGGCUGAUCUUUAUUCACGAGUUGAUCCCCAAGGCACUUUUCCUGUCUCAGAUGGCCUGGAUUUCUAUCCCCUCUUUCUUUCUUUCAGUAUAUCCUGGACACCCAUCUCUCUGUCUCUCUCUCUCUCUCUGAAGAAAAAAGAUAGCAAAAUACUUACCCCUACCCCCCCCUUUUUUUUUUUUUUGGUUGUUCAUU